GCAAUCACCACCAAGACUGUAAUAACUGCAAGGGCUCAGCUGAAGGCUGCCUGAGGGGCCAGGGAGUAAGGAUGGAGAAAGGAAUGAACAUCCUUCAUGACUUUGGGAUCCAGUCAACGCACUACCUCCAGGUGAAUUACCAGGACUCCCAGGAUUGGUUCAUCUUGGUGUCCGUGAUCGCAGACCUCAGGAAUGCCUUCUAUGUCCUCUUCCCCAUCUGGUUCCAUCUUCGCGAAGCUGUGGGCAUUAAACUUCUCUGGGUAGCUGUGAUUGGAGACUGGCUCAACCUCGUCUUUAAGUGGAUUCUCUUUGGACAGCGUCCAUACUGGUGGGUCAUGGACACCGACUACUACAGCAACGCCUCCGUGCCACUGAUAAAGCAGUUCCCAGUCACCUGUGAGACUGGACCAGGAAGUCCCUCUGGUCAUGCCAUGGGUACAGCAGGUGUAUACUAUGUAAUGGUCACAUCCACCCUCUCUAUGUUUCGGGGAAAGAAAAAGCCAACCUACAGAUUUCGGUGCUUGAACGUCAUUUUGUGGUUGGGAUUCUGGGCAGUGCAGCUGAACGUCUGUUUGUCCCGAAUCUACCUUGCUGCUCAUUUUCCCCAUCAGGUUGUCGCUGGAGUCCUAUCAGGCAUUGUUGUAGCUGAAACCUUCCGCCACAUCCAGAGCAUCUACAAUGCCAGCCUCAAGAAAUAUUUUCUCAUUACCUUCUUCCUGCUCAGCUUUGCCAUUGGAUUUUACCUGCUGCUAAAGGGGUUGGGUGUAGACCUCCUGUGGACACUAGAAAAAGCCAAGAGAUGGUGUGAGCGGCCAGAAUGGGUCCACAUUGACACCACGCCCUUUGCCAGCCUCCUCAAGAAUGUGGGGACCCUCUUUGGUUUGGGGUUGGCUCUCAACUCCAGGAUGUAUCGGGAGAGCUGCAAGGGCACACUUAGCAAGUGUUUCCCAUUCCGCCUCAGCUGUAUCAUGGUCUCUCUCAUCCUCCUGCACCUCUUUGACUCUUUGAAACCCCCAUCCCAGAUUGAGCUGAUCUUCUACGUGCUGUCCUUCUGCAAGAGCGCCGCGGUGCCCCUGGCAUCUGUCAGCCUCAUCCCCUACUGCCUUGCCCGGGUCCUUGGCCAGCCAGACAAGAAGUCUUUGUAAAGGAUGUGGAGUCUUCGGUAUUCAAAGUCAGUGACUGUGCCAGUGACUGAGGAUGGCUAAGAUCUUCUGCCAGCCUGUUUUGAGGCCAAAGGUGCUAGAGUCAGCUGAGAAAGCCUUGUCUGUUAAAAGUUGGGUCGUUCUGGAUUUUUCCCUGAAGACUUGCUUGUUCUUCUUUUAGACGUACAAAAGCAAGACUUCCAAGAAGGGUCAGCUCAUAAUCCCAGGUGGGGGAUCUGAACUGAAACUUUCAACUGGUCCCCAUCCUUACCCAGACAAGGGAAAGGAGCAGUGAAUUUUAUAGGGAAAGGAUGAUGAAGAAAGGCUUUUUAGGAUCUUGCAUAUCAUGCAAUUGAUGUUAAACAAUAUCUAAAUGGCUUUGUUCAUAUUUGAAUCUUUAGGUAAGGGACUCUCAAUAGUGGGAGACCGACUUAAAGUCUAAUUAUAGGUAGUUAGUGAGGUAAUUCUGCUUCUAUUAUAUACAUAUCGUCAUUGUAUUUACAAGGCUUUCUGAAUGACCACAGUGACCUAGAUUUGUACUAGGUCGGAGCAUUCAGGUAUAGUCAGCUUCUCCUCUAUCACACUAGAUCUUCCUCCUUGUUAGCCCUGCUCUGCUUUCCCUAGAAUUUUCCAUUAGUCCCACAUCCUGCCGAUUCUCAGAUGCCUAAAGGUGACUCUGGGUAGUGCUUAGUAUGGUUUAGUUAAGUUCUGAAAUCUUGGGCAAAAAGGUGAGGAGAGGGCAGAUAGAGACAAGAAUUCCUCUCUCCAGAAGGUCACUCCAGUGUUACUUUUGAUUCCUAGAGUGUAAGUAUGACUCCUUUCUCUAUCCCAAGCCAACCAAGAGCACAUUCUUCUUGGAAAAGCUAACUCUUCCUUGCCUGUUCUUCAGUCUCAGUUGGCUUGCAGAGUAUGCCUUAAAAAAUGUUAAAGUCUAUUUAUUUGAGAGACCUUGUUUUGCUACUAAUUAUACAGUUCACCACAUAUUACCAUUCACACCAAGCAUCCUGGUCAUAACAUCUUGGAAAAGAAAAAUAUAUAUGUGCAGUAUUUUAUUAAAACAACAUUUUAUUUAAGCAUGAAGUCUUACUGAUUACUAUAUUUUAGAUGCAAUGUGAUCUGAAGGUUCUAAUUCUGGUUCAGCUAAAUUUCUAGCUCUUUCUCUAUUUCCCUAAACAAAUAAUUUAGUUUCUGCGUACCUAUGUUUUCCCUUUGGAGAAAGAAAGUCUUGGACUGGCCAGGAGUCCCAGUAGAGCUGGGGGACACACAAAGUGUCCACGGAGGCACAGAUAGAGUUGAGUACAUCAACAUAAGUACAAUAUCAUUGGCCAAGAUUGAACAUUAGUUACCAGACCACAGGUCAGCGUGAGUUGCUCUAAGGGAUCAAAUUGCAACUUAAGGGCAAACAGGCAGGAUCAUUACCAAACUCAGCAAUCAGGGAAUGUAAGGCAUAGAAGCAGAAAAAGAUGGGGAAGACUCUGGAACCCAGUAACCCAGCAGCAGGGAGCAACAGGGUUCGGUGCUACAGUUAAAGAAAGUCUAAACGGAGCAAGUCAAAGCAGCAAAGAAUGCUCAAGAGGCUACUACUUCAGUUUUCUCCCCUAAGUGAUCUAUUUCAUCGUAGAUACAGGGCGCCUCUUCCAAAGGCCUGAACUCAUGAGCAUAACCCUGGAUCUACUGAGGAUGAAAUCUGCUCACUUACUUCAGAACUUUGGAACGUGUAUGUUUAAGAAAGUUGAGUCUUCCUACUGGAUUUGGUUCCUUUGGGGGGGGGCACGAGGCCCCUCAUAGACUCUGUCUUGCCAAGAGAGAAGGCAUAUGGUCUUAUUUUCUCUAAAUUGAACCCCCUUGCUCAGGCAUGACCCCAAGCCUGAUGAUUUAUUCAUUCUCAGGGACCAAGUCCAGGUCCCUUGCUUCUGGCAGAGAGUAAGUAAUGCUCCUGCCCCCGGCAGAUAAGGACACAUCAUAAAUAAAAUUCAUUUGAUCUAUUUACUUUA